AUUUAAUUUAAAAUGGGUUGAAAUCGUCGCCGGAAUAAAGAAAGAACCAAGGGGCGGCCGCGCCCCCUGGGAAAAUUAUAGGCGGUUUUGUCACCGGGUAGUUAAAUUUAGGGCAUCUUCUCUCUCUCUCUUUCUCUCUCUUAAAUACCUGUCCACUCUCCACUCCACUGUUGCCAAACUCCUCUCUCUCUCUCUCUCUCUCUCUCUCUCUCUCUCUCUACGUAGCAAUCUCCGUAUUAACUAACUCCCCGGCGGCGAUCAGUCAUCACUCUCUGUAAGAUUUUCACUCUGCGAUCUACAUAAGGCCCUUGCCUUUCUGCAAUCUGUUGUAAGCAUGUCAACCACGGCACUCGCCUCUCUGUGCAUGUUUGCAACUGCACCCCGUCCCCGAUGUUCCAAUGCCUUUGUCAAGACCCCAUCAUCUCUAGCACUCCUAAAGUGCGACUCCAACAAAUCCUUGGGUUUGAAAUCUUCUUCCGGUUUCAGAACACAUGCAAUGUACAAGAUCAAGCUAAUUACCCCAGAAGGUGAAAAGCACGAGUUUGAAGCCCCCGACGACGCUUAUGUAUUGGACUCCGCGGAAAACGCUGGCAUUGAGCUGCCAUAUUCGUGCAGGGCAGGCGCUUGCUCCACCUGCGCGGGCCAAUUGGUGUCAGGCUCAGUGGAUCAGUCCGACGGGUCAUUCCUUGAUGACAACCAAAUGAAGCAGGGUUAUUUGCUCACUUGCAUUGCAUACCCUACCUCAGAUUGCGUUAUUCAGACUCACAAGGAGACUGAUCUCUACUGAAUGUGUAUCGUAUCAGUCUGAAUCAGUGUAGGGAAAGGGUAUUUGGUGAGGUUUGAAACUUGCUAUUGCAGUCUGAAGAUGUUUUACGGAUUAGGAUGUUUGGGACCUCUUUGGUGCUCACUAUUUUUAAGCAAAUCGAAUGUGUUUGAUGUGACAA